AUGGCGUCUUUGCAUGAUUGCAUCACCGAAAUCCUCCUGCUUUCUCUGCUGAUCACGUCCUCAAUCUCAUCUACUUCAGCGGUUACGGUUGGUUCUCACGUCAGGUUUCCGGAGUGCAGAGGUGAAAUCGUUUGCGAAAAUCAAGGCACCACUUCGGCCGCGGCAGUCGAAGUACCAAACCGGUCUGAUUCAGAAUGGCAAACGCAGGUUCUCGAAUCAGAUGUCCCAGUAUUGGUAGAGUUUUGGGCACCAUCGUGUGGACCAUGCCGUAUGAUUCGCCCCAUAGUUGACCAACUGGCUAAGGACUUCGCAGGCAAGUUCAAAUUCUACAAAAUCAACACCGACGAGAGCCCAAACACAACCAACCGUUACGGGAUACGUAGCGUUCCGACCGUGAUCAUAUUCAAAGACGGUGAGAAGAAAGAUAGUAUCACAGGAGCUGUCCCUAGAGAGGCAUUGGAGAAAACUAUAGAAAUGUUCUUGGUCCAGUAA